GACUGACCCAUCUCCUCCUCCCUACUGUAUACGCUUCACCUCCCUCCCCUCCCACUCCUCCCAGCCUCUCUGCCCCGCCUCAAUUGCCUCCAGCUCCUCUAGAGCGGUUCAUAUUUGGUGGCCUGGAAAUCGGAGUCUUAGAAUGUGAGAACCCGAAAGAAGUUUAGACUUUUAGACUUGAUGUCGUCAAGAAGCAUUUAUUAACCACCUGCUGUGUGCUACGCACUGUUCCAAGAACUCAGGAUACCAAAAAAAAAAAAAAAAUUGCUAGAGCAGCCCCUGUCCUUAAGAUGGAGGAGAGACUAUUGACCAAUCAAUCGAUUAACAUUCAUUAAGCGUUUAGGAUAAGCCAGUCCUACGUUAGAUGAUGCAGUGUAUAGAGUACAGGGCCUGGCAUGAAGACAUCUUCUGAAGUUCAAAUUUGGCCUCAGACACUAGCCGACCUAGUGAGAAGUGACCCUGGGCAAGUCAUUUUAAGCAUUUGCUUCAGUUUCCUUGUCUGUAAAAUAAACUGGAAAAGGGAAUGCCAAACCCCUCCAGUAUCUUUGCCAAGAAAACCCCAAAUGGGGUCAGGAAAAGUUGAACAUUACUGAAAAGAGCCUGAACAACAUCUGCCAGGCAGUGUUCCAAGUGCUAGAAAUACAAAGAAAAACAAAUCACAUUCCUGCCCUCAAAAAGCUUACAAUCUAAUGGAGAAGAUAACAUGUAAACAAUUGUGUACAAAGAAAAUAUUUACUGGUAAAUUGGAGAUCAUCUCAGAGGGAAAACGCUGUGCCCCAUAUUAAGGAGGACUGGGAAAGGCUUCUUAGAGAAAGUGGGAUUUUUAUCUGAAACUUCAAGGAAGAUAGAAGACACAGAGGAGAGAAAGAAUUUCAGACAUUUGAGACAACUAGUGAAAGUACAUAUCAUUUUGCAGAUGAGGAAACUGAGUCUCAGCAAGGCUGUUUCCUCCUUGUUUGAAUGUCCUUUAAAGAGGAGAGUUUUGCAUUUCUAUAUCACACUGUCAUUGACUAUCCAGACAUUGUGCUGAUUCUAGAAAUCACUAUGGAAAGAGCUUCACCAACUAAUAAGAACUACCAAGGAUGAGCAGUUCUUUUAGGAUUUGGACACUGCAUCUCCAAUUCUUGAACUGUGCCUGGGCUGAAAGAUUUACAUUUGGACUUCAGUGGGAGAACACAGCUGCAGCCUAAGAAGUGUGACAAAGACUUUGUGGUUCAUCAAUGAAAGGGAAAAAUGAGUUUCUCAGGAGGUGAUCCUAAUGGAUAUCCUUUUUCUUCCCUUGCUAUCCUGAGAAAACAUGCAUUCACUUCUGUAUAGACUUCAUGAAGAAUACAAUUCAUUGUUAAUUGGCUCAGUAGACGCUCCUAUCAAUGUGAUGUUUUAGAAAAUCCUUCCGUUACAGAAGUCAGUCAUCUUGUGCCUAUCCAGCUGCUUGCCGCAGGGGUCACUGCAGAAAUACCAUGUCUAAGAACACAGAGAUUAUCAAUCUAUCGUUUCUAUUGGAGCACGAGAAGGAAAUGAUCCUGGGAGUCUUAAAGAGAGAUGAAUACUUGAAGAAAGUAGAAGAUAAGAGAAUAAGGAAGCUGAAAAAUGAGCUUUUAGAAGCAAAACGGAAAGGUGGGAAGAGACAGCAAGAUGGUAGCAGGAUUUGUGUUCGGUGUCAAAAAAAUCUGGGCUUGAUUUUUGACCGGGGGAACCUCUGCCAAGUAUGCACACUUCGAGUUUGCAAUGAUUGUCGGAUUGUGGGCAUUGAUGGAAACUGGAAAUGCACGGUCUGUGCCAAGAUUGCGCAGCUAAGGAUCGUAACCGGUGAGUGGUUUUUUGAAGAACGGGCAAAACGCUUCAAACAAACGAACCUUCUUGGAACAGAUGUUGUCAGACAGUCCAUUCUAAGAAGGGGUCCAGCCGAAGGACGACAAAACCAAGAGCAAGCCCUGCAGGAUGCUCAGAGGUCAGAAGCUUCCGCUCAUUGCGGGCAGAAACCCAUACUGGAUGCACCCAAAAGGAAGGGAUUUCUGCUUAGCAAGUUCAGAUCAGCAACCCGAGGGGAAAUCAUCACCCUGAAAACUGAGAGUGGAAGGAGCUAUAGCUUAGACUUGAACUCAUCUCAUUUUCAUAAUGCAAGGACAUCACCUGGCUCUGACAGGGGAAAUGUCUCACCAGACAUCAGUGACCAGGAGGCUACCCUUGGGAGCCUGAAAAACCAGAGCAAUGGCACCAUGCCUCGGAUGCAGAGGUCACCAGCCCCAAGUACCCGCAGUAUGAGCUCAGCUAGCAGCAGAGAUCAUGGUUUAGAAAAUGUCAUGGCGGUGGCUGCCAGUGAAAGUAUCCCUGAAAGUUUAACAAAGAGGCAUCAGAGAAGGGCUUCAGGAACGCCUUCUAUAGCUAUCUCUGGGGUCUCUCUGUCUUCAGACAGGAGUCGGUCUGAGUUAGACCUGAGCGAGUCAUUUUCAGAAGUGGAGGAUACUGUCAGCAUUCGAAGCAAAUCUGUGCCGGGUGCUUUAGACAAGGAUUUGGACUUCUUGGAUGAAACUGAAGAAGAUAUUGAUGAUUUAAUGUCCUCUCGAUUCUCUCCAAAUGUCAACAGCUUAGCAAGUGGAUUAUCAACUAACUCUCAAACAGGCUCUGAUAAGAAAUGGACCUACUUAAAUGUUCCUGAUGUCGAUUCUGAUACUACCAGUCUUAACAGCAUGAUGAGUGUUUAUAGUGAAACAGGGGACUAUGGCAACGUGAAGGUCAGCGGCGAAAUCCUUCUGCACAUCAGCUACUGCUACAAAACUGGCGGGCUCCACAUUUUUGUAAAGAAUUGCAGAAAUCUAGCCAUAGCAGAUGAAAAGAAGCAGAGAACAGAUGCCUAUGUAAAGUCAUAUCUUCUUCCUGAUAAAUCUCGAAACAAUAAACGCAAGACCAAAAUCAGAACAGGCACCAAUCCAGAAUUUAAUGAAAUUUUAAAGUAUACCAUUAGCCACACUCAGCUAGAAACAAGAACACUUCAGCUUUCUGUCUGGCAUUAUGACCGAUUUGGGAGAAACAGUUUCCUUGGAGAGGUGGAGAUUCCUUUUGAUUCAUGGAACUUUGAAAAUCCAAGUGAUGAGUGGUUUGUGCUCCAGCCCAAGGUUGAGUUUGCACCAGAUGUUGGCCUUCAAUACAAAGGAGAGUUGACUGUAGUCUUACGCUACAUUCCCCCUGAAAAUAACCUAACGCUCCCACUAGGACAGCUUCAAGGAAAGAAGACCUUUAAAAAGGGAAAGAAGAAAGAGCCUUCUUUGCCCUCUGGGGGUCUAUUAGAAGUCUUGAUCAAAGAAGCCAAAAAUUUGACAGCAGUGAAGUCAGGAGGCACUUCUGACACUUUUGUGAAAGGGUAUCUACUUCCUGAUACCACCAAAGCCACCAAGCACAAAACCCCUGUAAUCAAGAAGAAUGUUAACCCCCAGUGGAAUCAUACUUUCUGGUUCAAUGGUCUGGAUCCCCAGGAUAUAAAGAAUGUUUGCCUAGAGCUUACAGUCUGGGACAAAGAGGCUCUCUCUAGUAAUAUAUUUCUUGGAGGUGUUCGAUUAAACUCUGGCAGUGGUCUAAGUCAUGGAAAGGAGGUGGAUUGGAUGGAUUCUCAAGGUGAAGAACAGCACCUCUGGCAGAAGAUGGCAAACAGUCCUGGGGAUGCGGUGGAAGGGGUACUGAUGCUGAGGGCUAGUAUGGGAAAGCGGAGACGCUAACGCGAGCCUGGCUCUGCCUCGGGAUCAGUCUCCAGCUCCGAGCCCGGCAUCUCCGGUCUCAUAGUCUCCUGCAAACGGCCUCUCUGAUCCCAGCGCUUCAGUUGCACUGGCGUUUCACAGUUACGGAUAUUGGGAGCGUUGGGGAAAGACGUCCAUGUUCUGAAUGUCUGGAUGCUUCUGUUGUAGGACUUAGACAGCCCACAUAGCUAAACGUCUCCAUGUCAGCAUCCUUUUCAUUUGCUGUACAAACAAAUGCCCUCUUUUCUUUUGGUAUUGCUGAAAAGCAAUCCAUCCUUGGAUUUCACACUGGGAGAUCCCAGGGAAAGGGCCCAAGGUCACAUGGAAGUAGGCUAGUAGCGAUCAGCCCCCCACACCUUUCCUGGGGAGGGUCCAAUCUCGAUUCACUGGACAUUUUUAGGAUUGCCUGUUGGUGGAGAGGCAAAGACUGAACUUAAGAGGCUCGAUUACUUAGGGAAGGCGCUGUGGACCACCUUCCACUCUCUGCUGCAGGUCCCCAUGAGGUGAAAAGAGCUGGCACUCCUUAAAGGUGUAAGCUGAAGGUCUGACUGAUACUGUUGUGAUGAAGCUGUUGGCCCCUGGCAUAAAAAUGGUUGUCAUCUACACUGACUACAAAGGAGCCUAAAAGGAUGCUCCAUCUCUAGACCUCUGUCCUUUUGCUUAUAUUGACUUUCUGACUUCCUUAUUAAACAGAAAGAAUCCUCAGCACUCUUCUGCCCCAUGAGGGAUAGAGCAAGGCAAUUACUGAUCAUGUUCCCUUCUACCUCCUGUAUGCCAGAGCUUUUGAAUAUUAUCCCUAAAACUUGACACUGUGAGGCCAUCAUGGAUGGAUCAGACAUCAACCAUAGGUGAAUGAUGGAGUUUUAGAGUAGAAAGGGACGUCCACCUGGCCGGCUAGUCCAAACUACUCAUUUUACAGGCGACAGAUUCAAAAGCUUGGAGCACAGAGAGGCAAGGGGUUCCUGGGGGAAAGCCGGCAUCACGGCAUGAUUCUCAGGGGGUAGAGAAGGCUUGGACACCAAAGAGGGAGAUGGGUGAGUCCAGUUCUUUGAAUUCUGAACAGAUAUGAGUGCAGAUGUCUCCAGGAGUCUUCACUUGCCUCCCCUUUUCACCUUUGCAUUCAAUACAAUGCAAGUUUCUCUGAGGGCAGGGGCUACUUCAUUUUGUCUUUGUUUCCUCAAAAUCUAACACAGCGUCUGACACAUAGUCGGUGCCCAAUAAAUACGUGUUGAUUGAUGAAUUUGUCUAUUUCAGGGGGCAGAAGAGGAAAUACUUAUUAAGUGCCCACAAUGCACCAGCCACUGUGCUAAGCACUUCACCCAUAUUAUUUCAUUUGAUCUUCACCACAAUCUCAGGAGGUAGGUGCUCCCUUUUUACAGCUGAAGAAACUGAGGCAAACAGAGGUUAAGUAGCUCACCCAAUCUGAGGCUGGAACAGAAUUUAGGUCUUCUUGACUCCAGACCAAGCACUCUAUCACCUAUGCCACUUAUGCAUUUCACGAAGUAAUGUAGAGUUUUUAUGCCCUAAAGCAACAGGAUUAUUAAAAAAUAGAGAUAUAAAUUUUUAGGAAAGAAUGGUAAUUGCAGAAUAUAAGGAUCUAUUUUACAUAGUGGGAAAUACAUUAAUAAAGAUCAACUUGAGGAUGGAAAUGGAAAAUCUGCAUCCAGAACAGCUAAUCAAAGUCUUUGUUUAUUCUGUUGUUAGCUACCGCUAGGAAUCUAGGCUCUCUCAGAGAUGCCAUUGUGCUCAUUAUUUUUGCUCAGAUUAGAGGAUGAGAGGGAGUGUGUAAAAACACAUAGAUGCCUAAACUUGAAGUCAAGAAGGCUUGAGUUCAAGUACUGAUUCUGACAUCCACCAGCUAUCACAACAUGACCACAGCAAGUCAAUGAAAGAGUGCCCCGGGCCAUUUUCCCAAACCCCAAAUUAUAAAAAUGUUGGCAAUCUGCACAGGUGCAGGGAGUGUUUAUACCAGGAGUUCCCUACUCUGGGAAACUUACAGACCUGGACCAAAAAUAAAAGGACCCACAAAUCGUCUUAAUACAUAUGGGAAAACUAUGUUUGUACAUGUGCAUGCGUAUGUAUGACUUCAUGAGAAAAGAAGAGUUUUCCCUGAAACAACUUCAGGAAAAGCGAUGCUUGUCCAACAGAAAAAGACCUGGUGUAAGUGUCAAGAUACCAGAUACCAGAGUUUCAGUGCCACCUCUGUCCAACGGCAAGGCAGUCGAGGCACACUCCAGUUUUUCCUCAGAGGACCCUGUGAAGAUAAGGUCCUGUUAUUAGUAGGUGGGUGGUUCGGCAAAGGCUAGAAUGUUUGUCAGCCUCACUCCAGGAAGUUAUUUUACCUUUGCGUGACUGAUUCACCUUUAAGAACAUAUUUAAGAAAGUAACUGAUAAUAAUUAAGAUACAAAGGUCCUGAACAGCAUCCUCCAAAGACAUCGCAUUUGCUUCUGGAAGUCAGAAGCGAACCUGCCCAACCUAAUUUUGUUUAUUGGGUUUUCUACUUAGCUCACAUCCCCACUUUCUUGUUAAAACAAAAGAAACAAAAACCUAACAGAGGAAAUAGAUCCAUUACUUUUCACAUAAGGAAAAGUGAUAAAGAUGAGCUUCUUUCAGACCUGAUUAAAGUUAAGUAGUUUUUGCUGGGAUUUUUAGAAUGUUAUAGAGUCUAUUGGUCAGGAUACAGCUCCAAAUUAUGUAAAAGGGAAUCAUCUUAUUCUCCACGGACAGAAGGAGGCAGCUAGGUGGCUCAGUGAAUAGAGCACUGAAUCUGGAGUCAGGAAGACCUGAGUUUGAAUCUGGUCUCAGACACUUACUGACUAUGUGACUCUGGACAAGUCACUUCACCUCUAUUUGCCUUAAUCCACUGGAGAAGGAAAUGGCAAACCACUCCAGUAUCUAGUGCAUAAUGGCAAGAAAAUCCCGUGGAGAGUGUGGUCAGGAAAGCUGAAGAAAAUUCUGUCUCCAAAAGUCACGUGAGAUCUCAUUUUUUUCUUACACAAUUACACAAAGAAUAGCAAAUAACAAUCCUCUAGAUAUGCCAAAAUCUCAGGCUAGUCUCCUAAACCCUAUUAAAUUCAUUAAGAAUGUUGAAGCAUUUUUGAAGAAGUUUGAAGGCACCGUAAUUAGUAUCAAGUGUGAAGUCAGGAAGACUCAUCUUCCUGAGUUCAAAUCAGACUUCAGACACUUACUAGUUAUGUGAUCCUGGGCAGUUCACUUAAUCAGUUUCCUCAUGUAUAAAAGGAGCUGGAGAAGGGAAAGGCAAACUACUCCAGUAUCAUUGCCAAGAAAACCCCAAAGAGGGUCAGGAAACUCUGACUAUGACUGAAGCAACUGAACAAUAACCCAGGCUUUCUGGAAGGUGUGUCCUCAGAGGCCAUCUAGUUAAAAUCUCUAAUUUAACAGACCAGGAAACUGAAAUAGCUUGUCCAUGAUGAUACUCUUCGUUAGAAGCAGGUAGGGGAAAGGGAGGAUUUGAACCCAAGUCCUCUCAUUCCCCAGUCAGUAUUUAGUCCACUGUGUGUGUUACCAGGCUGUCCCUUCUGUGAGCUGCUUCAAGAUCAGGCAUGAUGGCCAGCAUCUUCCCAGGUAAAGUCUAAAAAUUCUUCUUUAUACAACGCUUCAAGAUGCCUAUGAGUAGAAUUAUAGCAGAACUCUCCUGAGACUUGUUUGAAAUAGUGUACACCCUUUUCAUAUUGAAUCAGUCAGUGACCAAGCAUUUGUGAAUCAGACAGAUCCACUGAAGAACAGUCAGCUUAAAGAGGAAGCUGUCAGGCGGGAAAAGAUAUUUUAAUGGCUUUUCGGAUAACUUCGAAGAAGCACCUUUAUUAAACUUGCAAACCUCCCUUUACAGCAGGCAACAUUUCCUUAUUUAUGCUAUUUCUCUAUUCAAAUCAUCCCUUUGAAUUUCAUAUUCUUGUAAACAUUAAACACAAAGACAUUUUUUGAAAAUCAAAUUUGAUCUCUUCAAUCUCUUUUUCCUUUAAAGAAAUGUAUGUGAAAUAUGUGACCUGCCAGCCCUUGACGACUGUUGGACUGAAACCCUGUCUUGCUCAUUAACAGUCAUGUCAGCUUCUGGCCAAAACAUCUUUGCCAAGGCCUGCUGGGUCUAAUGUUAGAUUUAGUGGUGAAGGAAAGAAGCCAGAGGAGAAAGACAAGAGGUCCCCAUUUUAAGCUGUGACACGGUCCUGGAAACUAUCUUAAAACACCCCGCAGCUGCCUCUGAAACGGCAGGAGAAGAGAAGCACGUUUGAUCAGGCAGCACCAAGGAAAGAGAGAUGCAAAUGAAUCGUUGAUAAGUGGAGCCUAUGUGUAUCGCUAUUAUAGGCUACAUGUAUAAGCUGUGACGGAAAGGGUGGCAGUACAUGAGAGAACCCUGACGUUUGAGCAGGUUAAGCUCUGCGAGUAUGAAAUAAUCACAAUUUAGCACUUGUUAAACUACAGAUUUUCACCUUGGUCAUCACUGACAUUUAUUAUUACGGUCGAUCUAGUAAUAUUUCCCAUGACAAAGUGUUGCACCUCAAGAGAGGGCAAAAAUGUGCCAGGAACACCUGGAAAGAACCUGCUUAGAUGAAACUUCCUCUUCUGAAUUGUGGACUGACUGUGCAAUCUGAAGUAAAUCAAGAUCCCUCUCUGUG